UUCCCCGCCCACACCAAAUCAAAAAAGUAUUCUCUCUGAGAUUUGAAAAUUAACAGAAAUAAAAAAGGAACGAAAAAGAAAAAGGUUUCUCCUACGAUGGAGGAAGAAGAAGACCAGCAGAAGCUUCCAGAUCUGGUGAAGGCACUCGUCCACCACCUACUCUCCCUAAAUCUCCCCCCAAAUUCCCCUCCCCUCAACCCUAACUCCCCCGAAUUCCGCAACUCCCUCCGCUACGCCCUCCGCAUCCUCUCCAGCCGCCUCACCCCCUCCGUUGCCCCCGACGCCGCCGCCAUCGCCGACUCCAUCAAGCGCCGCCUCGCCUCCUACGGCCACUCCUCCCAAGCCCUCUCCUUCGCCGACCUCUUCUCCAAAUUCGCCUCCAAAGCCCAAAGUGUCGACAAAAAAUGGGCCCUCAUCUACCUCCUCAAAAUCAUCUCCGAAGAUCGCCACAACAACACCACCGCCACCACUCUCCUCCCCAACCUCAAUUUCUCCGAACCAGCAACCUCCAACAAACCCUCCAACAACGGCGGCGUCCUAUUAGUCUCCAAGGACCCCGAGAAUCGCCGCGACAUCGCGUUUCUCGAGUUCGUCAAAUUAGUCCGGGAAGAAAACGAGGUGUCGGAAGAGGUUCUCGUCCAAGACGUGCUCUAUGCUUGCCAAGGAGUGGAUGGUAAGUUUGUGAAACUUGACAGCGAGAGUAAGCGUUAUGUGAUACCCGUUUCAAUUAGGGUUCCCAGAGCCCCUAGGAGUAUGGUUUACAACCUCUGUGAGUUGGGGGUUUUGUUUAGGAAGGUUAGCGGUUACAUUUCGCGGAGUAUGGAUCGGUUCCCCAAUGAAGAUGUGGGAACUGUGGGCCAAGCUUUUUGCUCCGCUUUGCAGGAUGAGCUUAGUGAGUAUUAUAAGUUGCUGGCGGUUCUUGAGGCGCAGGCUUCAAACCCUAUUCCUUUGGUUUCGGAAUCUGCGAGCUCCAGGAACUAUCUAUCGCUGAGGAGGCUGGCGGUUUGGCUGGCUGAGCCCUUGGUGAAGAUGAGGCUGAUGGCUGAUUUGGUUGAGAAGUGUAGGGUUUUGCGCGGUGGGGCAAUGGUGGGGGCGAUUCAUUUGCAUGCGCAGCAUGGUGAUCCGUUGGUCCAUGAAUUCAUGAGGCGGUUGCUGCAGAGGGUGUGUUCUUCGCUGUUUGAGAUGGUGAGGAGGUGGGUUUUGGAAGGGGAGUUGGAGGAUAUCUUUGCUGAGUUUUUCAUUGUUGGGCGGCCUGUGAAGGUUGAGUCCCUCUGGAGAGAAGGGUAUAGGCUUCAUGAUGCCAUGCUUCCUUUGUUCAUUUCGCCUUCUCUUGCGCAGAGGAUAUUGAGGACCGGCAAGUCGAUUAAUUUUCUUCGCGUUUGUUGUGAAGAUCGUGGUUGGGCUGAUGCUGCGACUGAGGUUGUUGCUGAUCACGGAACAAUGGCGAGAAGAGGUGGUUUUGGAUAUGGGGAAACGGAUACCCUUGAGUUUUUGGUGGAUGAAGCUUCAAAGAGGAUUGAUAAGCAUUUGUUGGAUGUGAUUUUCAAGAGGUACAAGUUCAAAGAACAUUGUCUUGCAAUUAAGCAGUAUUUGUUGCUUGGGCAAGGUGAUUUUGUGCAGUAUCUGAUGGAUAUUGUUGGGCCUGAGCUUUCUGAGCCGGCUAACACUAUAAGCUCUUUUAAACUUUCAGGACUGCUGGAAACUGCAAUUCGGGCUUCUAAUGCUCAGUAUGAUGAUCCUGACAUUUUGGAUAGGCUCAGGGUUAAAAUGAUGCCACAUGAAAGUGGUGAUAGGGGCUGGGAUGUAUUUUCAUUAGAAUAUGAUGCUAGAGUUCCACUGGAUACGGUGUUCACGGAAUCUGUGAUGACAAGGUAUUUAAGAAUUUUUAAUUUUCUGUGGAAGCUUAGACGAGUGGAACAUGCGCUUACUGGAGCCUGGAAGACCAUGAAACCAAACUGCAUUACCUCUAAUUCCUUCACCAGAUUGCAACAUGCAGUAAAGAUGCAGUUAGUUUCGACAUUGAGGCGCUGUCAGGUUCUUUGGGUUGAAAUCAAUCACUUCAUUUCAAACUUGCAAUAUUAUAUAAUGUUUGAAGUGUUGGAGGUAUCAUGGUCAAAUUUUUUGGCUGAGAUGGAACUAGCCAAGGACCUUGAUGAUCUACUUGCUGCUCAUGAAAAAUAUCUGCAUUCUAUUGUAGAGAAAUCUCUCCUUGGAGAGCUUUCCCAGUCUCUUUACAAGUCACUAUUUGUAAUUUUUGAUCUUAUAUUACGUUUUCGGAGCUGUGCAGAUCGGUUGUAUGAAGGUAUUCAUGAGUUGCAAGCUAGAAUCACAGAAUCUUCCAUAUCCUCUCGAGACCAGAAUAAAUCACGAUCUCAAAAGCAACUAAGUGAAAAAUCUGCAGAACAAGGAUCCUGGAUUGCUGAUGGGAGGAAAGCCCUGACUCAACGAGCUGGUGAAUUUCUACGAAAUAUGGAGCAAGAUCUGGAUGCAAUUGCUAAGGAGUAUUCGUCAUUGCAAGAGGGAUUCAUUUCUCAGUUGCCUGUACAGCAGCAUGUUGAUCUAAAGUUUCUCUUUUUCCGUCUUGACUUCAACGAAUUUUAUAGGCGGUUGUGUCCUAGCAUGUAGGAAAUUUGUGAAUAAGGCAGAGAGUCAGGCUGAAGCAUUGUUUCUUCAAAAAGACAAGGCAUUAAAAGCUUUGCAACCAGCUAACUUCCAUUGUGUGUUGAGUGGAACAACUGUAUUGUUAGUAACUUCCUUUGGAUCAACCAUUCCAUGGGUCAUUAAUCGACCAUAGGUAGUCACAUUUUGUGAUUUGCAAGAUUGUUUGUUGCAGAUAUGAAGCUAUUAAUAUUCAAUUGGAUGCAUGAUGUGAGUAGUACAGAUUUAAUAUAAAGCCACAGGUGCAUCAAGUAGCAAGAUGCUUGCCAUGCAAUUCAAUAUACUUUAUACAUGUCUAAGGAGGUGGUGAUACAGGUUGAAUUCUUAACUAAGGUUCAAUCAAGCUUAUAUAAUUCGUGAUUCAGAUGUUGUAAUUUCUGAUUCCUUACCUGAUAUAGAUAGAUGGGGAUGAGGGCAAUCCCUUUAUCCCCCUCUAUUAGUAUUGUAGUAAAUUAGUUGUCUGAACUUCGGUGAGAACUAGAACCAACUUGGCUAGUAAUAAUCUUGCUGUGUUGCAUAUGCACCACCAAAACACCUAUAAUCACUGUAUAAGAUUGACAGCUGGCUCUUUGUCGAUUCAAUAAAUAAUACAAAGAGAGCAUAUGAUAAGCUGAUAAGUUGUAAAGAUGGAUAUUGGGGAAGACCUUAAAAGAAUAAAGGAGUGUAAAUUGCAUAUAUUCAAGCAUCAAAUCAAGGAUAUGUAUAAGCCUGAGGAAGUCACAAACAGUAUGAGAACUUAAGGUGGGGUUAUAGCAAAAUUUUCUAAUGACUGUAGGACUGUAUCAAUGUGUUUUGGAUGUGUUUACUAUGCAUAUCUAAGAAUCAAUGUUAUGAUG